UGUUUCUGACAAUGGCUGUCAGAAAAAGUUAAAAUUAUUGAGUUUUGGAUAUUGCCUUAUUUUUAUAGAAUAUACCCACUUUUCAGAUAAAGUUCGGUAUAUCUAUUUUGCCAUUGUGACCGUUACCCAUUCAAACGGUGUCUGCAAUGCAAUUUUAUUUAGGAUAUAUUGCCAUCCUUGCCUGUGCGGCGGUGUAUUUACAGCUUUCAGCUGCAUGCACCGUGGGAGAAUAUGACAAAUGUCCGGGUUGGGAUCCAUGUGAUAAAAGUUGCGGAGGUCGGCAAUGCCGAACAUGCGAGUCGUGUGUAUGGAGCGCUCACAAAAGAUUUUGUCAAAAUUGCAAUGAAUGGUGCUAUAACGGUCACCAAUUACGCAAUGGACGUUGCCAGUGUCCUACCUGGCGCAACGGCGACUGCUGUGAAACCUGCAUACAUAUCCCAAUUGACAAUUGUAAAGAUGGACAACAGCAAUGCGGCGGAUCCCCAGACGGUAUCAUGUGUACAGAUUGUAAGGACCCGUACUAUUCUGGAGGUUAUUAUCGGGGCUGUUUAGCGUGCCCUCAAAUCAACCAAUGCGAGAGCAGACACUGCACCAAUACAUGGAACACAAAGUGCCUGCGAUGUUAUGAAAAUCAAAUAAUAUUUAAGCCGUGGAACGACAACACAGAAUGUCAGCGCAUGUGCGCUUGGAACGGGCAUUACUGCUGGCCGGGAACAUGCAGAACGGAUAAUCUGACAAAGGACUGCCAGUGUGCCGAGGGUUUUAUUAAAAGGUCCACCGUGGACGACAGCGCAAUCGAUGCCGGAGAAACAACAUGUCAGCCAAAUAUCCCUCCAGAUAUAUUAACGUGCGAUACCGUGGCAGUCGGACCGAAUUGAGAAAAGAAGCAAGCUUUGAGCACUGCUAAUUCAACUGAAUGCCAGUACCUAGCGGAUAUGUACGGAAACUAUCAACCAGUUACAAUUCAAUUUAAAAUGUCGUCAGAAUUUACUGUGAACAUAUCAACAUUCAACGCCAUCAGACCAUCUUUCAUAAAAGAAGAAACCUUUGGCAUGAGCGACACUACAUUACAUAUAUUGAUACAAACCGUAACAGGAUCGUACGUGAGCAAAUCAACCCAUACACAGUUAGAAGACAGAAACUCUAGUAUGAGCGUGGUACAGGUGCAGCACGACUCUGGAAAUAUAUCUGUCGCCGACGAUCCGAAAUAUAACCUUCAAAAUGGAGAGGCACUGUGUUUAGAAUUCGAAGCAAAGGGAGGGGGCUACUUAAUAAGCAUAUAUGUAAGGACCACACCACACACCAUAUCAGGGCCAGUACCUUACACAAAAGUCAUAAAACAAAGAAAAAUAUGUUACCGAUACGACAAUGCACCACCGGAACAUUGCUCUAAGUUAAAACAUUGUACCUCCGAGCCGUUAACAGUUUCAAAUCGUGUAACUAGAACUGAACUUUCCACAGUUGAUUUCAAUGGUUGGAUCGACCCAAUUCCAUUUGGGGGAGGUAAUUAUACGACAUCGUCCAUUGAACGCUAUGAAGUAAGAGUAAAUGAAGUACCUCCUUCAAAGGGAACUUUACAGGUUGAUUAUACUAAGACAACAUUAAGUAAAAACGUAACGUCCGAUAUUAAAUCAUUGCGUCUUAAUCUGACCUCUCAUUCCCCAAGACUGUAUUGUAUAACUCUAGAAGUGAAAGAUGUUGCGGACAAUGUACGGCAAACAAGAAGAUUUAUGUUGUAUGACAACUCAAGUUUUAUUGAAACAUGGAAAGAAAAAAUAUUUCGGUUCGAUUCAGCAUCACCACAAACAAAUUACACUUGGCAAACGAACCACAACAACAUUUGUAUGAGUUGGAAAGAUUUUUUCUUAAAUAAAUUUUAUUUGGAUAACCAACUGCUAAAUCCCAUUCAACCAGAACCAAACGGCCUCAUUAAUGACAUAUAUGAACAAACAACUGGUCUUUUGCCGGUCAGCGGUACACCUAAUGUACACGGAAUUAUAAAAUAUUACGUAACUUGGAGACUUAACGACGGUCAUGACACAUUACAGCGAAUCGUGCCAGAUUUUCAGAAUCAGAGUUUUUGUACAAGGUUAAACGUGUCCGAUGGACAAACAUACACGUUCAACAUACGUCCUGUAGAUAUAGUUAACAACACGUACAAUUAGUCAAGAACCGUUUACAUCGACCGAUCACAUCCUCACAUCAACGAUAUUUGGUUGAAGAAAGAUGGAUAUGAGACGUUAUAUGUUCACAACAGCACUGACCUCUCUACGAUGCAAAUGACUUUUGAUGCGUUGGACCCCCACAGUGGACUGCGCACGAUACACUGGGUGUUUGGCAUCGCCGAUACAUCUUCCGUGCUCACACAAGGCCAUCUGGCUGUUCGCCAAAUCAAUAUGACGUGUCCAACUGAUUCCGUGGAAUGUUACUGCCCAGACAUAGGGAAAUGCGAAUUCUUCAUUUAUUCAAUUCCGCUCAACCAGCUAGUCAAAGAAGAUAAGCACACUGGAAACCAUAACAGAAACUACUUUUUCGCAAUAACGGUAACCAACAAUGCGAUGCUGACAACAACAGAACAUAUUGAUGUGCUUGUAGACGAAUCUCAGCCGGAAGAAGGUGUGGUUAUCGAAGGACCUAUCGACUCAAAUGAUAUUGAUUAUACCAGUGACGAUUCGUUUAUGGUCCAUUGGCAUGGAUUUAUUGACCACGAAAGUGGGAUCAAGCUUUACAGAAUAGGUCUUGCAGAGAGAUGUUUGACAAGAGAAGAAUUGUACAACUUGGUUAAUGUGAAGGUGAUGAUUGCCUAUACAGAAUUACCUUAUCAAGAAACAUCUGUUCGCCUCCUUGCGAAUUUUACAGGGAAAAGUUAUGUGACAGUGAUUGCUUUGAAUAAUGCAAUGGAAGCGUCAAAUCCCGUUUGUUCUGAUAUAACUGGCAUAACUCGUGAUAAAUCUGCUCCUUCCAUACGAAACAUAACGUUACAACAUGCAACGUGGUCGGAAAGCAUUGUUUGCCAUAAAGGGCGACCUCAUUUAUUGCAGUCGAAUCUUAGGAAAGUCCCUCUACAUAACUCGACGGUUUGAUCCAAUCUCUGUACCACGAAACCUGAUACCAAACUAGCAGACUACUUGCCAAUUUAUUCAGCUGCGAGUAAAGACGAACAUAUAUCGAAUGUUCUGUGCAUUCAUCUACCGUUUUAUACGAACGAUAGUAUUGUCUUCCUACCUAACGAUCAUAUUCUUCUUGAAUGGCAUAUAGACGAAACUGGCAGUCAAAUGGAUGACUUUUAUGUUGGAAUUGGUUUAGACGUGACAGAAAUAAACUCCCCGAGUUUGGUAGAUUAUAUUUCCACUGAGAGAAAACAGUAUUUUAAGCACAAUCACGAAGGAAUCGGAUCUAAUCGGUUGUUUUAUAUAUUUAUUAAAGCGAUCAACAAAGCUAGUUUAUCAAGCAUAGCAACAUUGGGUCCAAUCCUUAUCGAUGAAACACCACCGUUAUACACUCAAAUACCACCGGUCAUUAUUGAAGAAAAGAGUAUUGUUUUUGCUUGGGAAUCCAACACAUUUUAUGACGACGAACAGAUUGAGCAAAUUAAUCAAAUACUUUUUCAAUAUGGCCACGACGAAAAGGCGGUCAGUCCACUUCUUGAGUGGAGAUUGGAUUCUUCUUCACCCUGCCCACCGCACACCGGAGGAUGUAUCCGAUAUCCUCUUGCCCGCCUUCAGAAUCAAGACACGGUCGACGGUUUGCAGUACUAUCUCAACCUACACGUAUACAACAAUGCGGGUCAUUUUGUCUCUAUCCGAACAGAAACAUUCAGGUUGCCUUCUCGUUAUACCCCGGGCGUUGGGGUUGUGUUUGAUUUAGACCCAGAGGAGCAAAAUGCAUCGAUGGAUAUUAACAUCCAUUUUACGGAACAGGUUUUAUGUGCUAAAUGGAAAGGUUUUAAGAACCAUGAAAAUGUUUCACUGGAAGUUGGCAUAGGUUCAAAUCGCUCUUCGCCUGAUGUGGUACCACUUAAGAGUAUCUCGGGAAAUAUCAAUACAUUUUGCCUUAAAUCAAGUUUAAUUGUCAAGAAUGACGUUUACUUUUUCCUGGUCAGAGCAAACUGCAGCGGUGGAUCAACAAUAUCUUCUUCAAACGGAGUACGAAUAUAUCAGAAACAACUGCUGGAAAAGUCAGUCCACGUGAAGAUUGGCAAAGAUUGCCUUACCACAUUUGAAAAUAUUAUGAACGUAUCAGUCCGAAAUUAUACCGCAUAUUCAAAGACUCCAUUUUCUCUGACUAUCGGACAACGAUAUGUUUUAUUUAUGGAAGACAAUGAAUGGCAAAAUAUUAUGAACAUAACCACGAUUGAUGGCAUUAUACACAAAGAAGCAAAUGUAUAUUACAUUAGGGCGUUUAUAGAAAGACCAACCCUACAACUCCAGCACAGUUUCCUUUCAGAACACAGAGUGCUUUUAAGGGUUAAUAGAUGUCCGGACGAGUCUAUUCAGUCAAUCAAUAACCAACUUAAUGUCAGUUGGAUACUAGACGGAAUCCAGACCAAGCAGGAUAUUUUAUUUUCGGUUGGGCUAUUUACGAUACUUGACGACAAUAGUUCUGUCGAAGUAGUGGCUUUUCAAAAACCUGUUGCUGCAAACAAUUACACAAUCCUCGACGUGGCUGAUCGAAUAUCUUAUCUGGCAAAAGUGAGGAUUUGUAACAAUGUCAGAUGUCUUCGACCAAUUAAUUCCAACAAAUUCACUGUUGAAAAGGAAGUACCAAUAGUUUUGGUAACAUAUGCAGAGCUAACAAUAAAGGCAGCUGGUGAUUGCGUUGAUUUAAGGGCAGCGUGGGAAUUUACCGGCGAUGUCAAAUGUAUAGGAUUCUUUCAAUGGUCACUCAGUCGAGACGACAAAGGAGGGCACCUUCUCUCUGUUUGGAAUACUGUGCUGUCUAAAGGCUCUGCAGAGAUGAAGGUGGAACAAUGUGUUGAUCUGCCCGACCAUGGACAUGUAACAUUAUUCCUGUGUGUUCGCGUAUUUUCUUUGAGCGGUUUAUCAAGCAUGAUUUGCCAGAGGGCGAAUACAUUUUUCUACGGAUCAUAUUCCAGUGGUACUAUAUAUGACUUUAAUGCAUCAAAAGACAACUGGUUGCAAAUCAAAAAGAUGUUGCGUAGUUCUAACAUUGGACAACAUUACUCUGUACUUCACGAUUCCGAACUUAAUAUAGGAAGUUCAAACACCACAGUUGCCGGAGCUCUUAUGUACGCUUCGGAACGUACAGUCUCAUGGUACCUCAUGAAGAUUCAAUAUGUACCAGACAAUUGUGAAACCGACGUCAACUGUAUUGUCAGAUAUGAUACAGACUCAGGUUAUGUAGAAUUUUCAACGCACGAUAUAUCUCUGAAUCAAAUUUACUAUAUAUGUGCACAUUCCAAUACCACUGAGGUAAACAGAGAAUUGUUCACUGAGGCAUUACAGGAGAUAUCAUCUUGCAGCAACGGUUUUGUACUGGACAGCAGUCCACCUACAAAAGGUCAUGUACAAGUCCAAAACCAUAAAGGUUUUGUUACGAAUCCCCAACAUGUUCUAGUCACAUGGGACGGAUUUGAUGAAAACAUCGACGCUUCCAUUUUCGGUUAUCCAAGCAAACUGCUUACUUUCUCUGUUGCAAUAGGUACACAACCUGGAAUUGACAGUAUAGAUGACAUAGUAUGCACUGGUUUAGAAACAUCAACCGUGUUAAAACUGCAAAUACAACCAGAUAGAAGUGCGGUGUUUUUCACAUUAUAUGCUAAGGAUUACGCCGGCUAUGUCUCGAGUUCAGAUUCAUUGGAACUGACCAUCGAUACCUCACCAACUGAACCAGGAUCAGUGACAAUUUUAAAUAAUCAUCAAAGAAAUAAGUUCAUCAACAAAGAAUACGCUACUUUCCACUUUGAAGAGUUUUCUGAUCUGCACAGUGGUGUAGAUUAUUUUAUUGUUGGUAUCGGUGCAAUUGAAGGAAUUACUGACAUUGUACCCGAGACGAAAAUACACAGCGAUUAUCUGCAAUUGGAUCUAAACCACCUAAUAGACGGGCAGCCAUAUUUCAUGGUUGUGCAGGCCGUAAACAGGGCAGGUCUGAUUUCAAGACCGGUAUCAAGAAGGUUUGUGUUGGACCAAAGUGCACCCACUGGUGGACAUGUAUUGGAUGGAUUUAAAGGGCAAAAGGAAAUAGACUAUCAAAGUAAUACCGACACUAUUCAUGCAAACUGGAAGGAUUUUGACGAUCCAGAGAGCGGUUUAGCAUUCUACAACGUUGGCCUCGGAACAGAUGCCUAUCAGACAAAUAUAAGGCCAAUAGUAGAUGUUGGACUGAGAACUGAUGUUUUCUGGAAUGGUCCAUUCAAUCCCGGGCAGAAGUACUUCGUUACUGUAGAAGCUUGCAAUAAAGCAGACCUUUGUACUAGACGUGUUUCUGAUGGCAUAACUGUGGACAAAUCCCUUCCAAUACGUGGCCUUGUGCGUGUAGGUCCCGGUGAAGGCCAUAGUAAAUAUCUUGGACAUCGGUCAUCAAUACAGAUAAACUGGCAAGGAUUCGAAGAUCCACAAUCUGGAAUUGAUCACUAUGACGUUUGUGUUUUAACUUCACGAAGAUAUUGCGACAUUCUGACGCCAUCAAACGGUCUUCUUCAUUCGUCGUUCAUAAAGUCUAAUAUUAACCUUCCGACGAACACACAAUUAUUCGCAACAGUUUGGGCCUUUAAUCGGGUCGGCAUGAAUGUUUCUAAAACGUCGGACAUUUUUGUAGUUGACGAGUCCCCGCCAGUAGUUAGGAAUUCACCGAACUUUCUACUUACAUACAACUCAGCCUUCGGCAAAAAUUCUCAAUGGGAAAAGUCCCUUGUUCGUUUACAAUGGGAAUUUGAAGACAAUAUUAGCCCCAUUGUGCGACACGAAAUUUUGCUGAAAACUCACCAUGAGGGUCACACACCACUUGAGCAUUUGAUUUUAGGAUCGGAACGCCAUGUUACAAUCAGUUUAGAUCGAAAGAACUGGCUGAAUGAUGGAGACACAUACUAUGCAAUUGUUACUUCGUGCAAUGCCGCAAGUUUGUGCUCCUCUGAAAGAACACCAGAUCUUUUAACUGAUUCUACUGCACCACAUCUAGGCGGUUUUAAAACUCCAAUGACAUGGACCAAUCACAAUGAUUCAAUUGGUAAUGUGUUUACUAAUUUAUCCCUCACGUGGUAUGGAUUCCACGACCAAGAGUCCGGCAUUGACCAUUUCUACAUUACGGUGUCCCGGUUAUAUGGUCUGGAUGAGCUAUCCAAUGGACUUAUUACUGUCCCAAACGGAAAUAAAACAGAGGAAAUGCAGGCGUUAAUCACACUAUCGGAAAGGUUAUCGUCUGACGAUCGUAUAGUGCUGUCAAUAUGGGCGCUAAACAACGUUGGUCUUAACAGUCCAAUUGCAAGGAUAACUGUGACAAUUUUGUCUAGCACGGCAAGUAUCGAGAGAGGGAUAUUAGAAAUCGAAAAGCAUUCAUGCGACGUUCAUUUUUGUAACAAGGACUGCACAUGUGCAGUAAUUGGUCGUCCAUGCGUAGAAGUAAUCACAAACCUAACAUGUAGCAAUAUUUCUUACUCAGAUGCGCUUGCUCACAACUUGCCUGAAAUAAUUGUUCGCGCAGGACUUUCUUACGAGGUUUUGAAUAUAUCUGCUUCAUCGGCUUGCCUAAGCGGUCAUUGGUCACGAACGGAUAGUGGAAAUGUGUCAGAGAACAUCCGUCGCUUUGAAUGGAGUAUUGGCGUACGUAGGCAACCUGUGGGGGAAGGGAUCUUUGAUCUCAAACUAGAAAAUCCUUGGACAGAUAUCGGUCUGAGAUCGGAGUUCACCCAUUGCCUGCCAAUCAAUCGUACGUUUGUAGAUGGCACGCAAUAUGUCGUGUAUGUAAGGGUUUGGUAUGAGCUUAAUGAAUAUUCCGUGUUUGAAUCUUCUCCUAUUAUGAUAGAUCAAACUGGUCCCAGUGUUCGACGUGGUCGUUAUAUCAGAGAAGGUAACUAUCUUCAGGACUUGGAUUUCAUUGAUUGGACGGAGUCUAUAAAUGCUUGUUGGGACGGGGUGUUUAGUGAGCAACAGAGUUAUAUCGAUCACUUCAGUCUCAGUCUUGGAACUUUACCACACAGCGACGAUAUCAAUCAUCAAACAGAUAUGGGCCUUGCAACGAAUAUCAGUAUAAACAGCCUCGAUUUAAUCCCUGGAACAAGAUAUUAUUUUACUGUCAUUGCUGUGAAUAGUGUUGGACUUCACACUGCGUUAGUGUCGGAUGGGUUUGUAAUCGAUACUGACAACCCAAUAGACGGAGUUAUAUUCAACACAAAGCAUCACCAAAACUCCGCUUUUCAACAAUCAACAAAAUCAUUUAAAAUAUCAUGGCAUGGAUUUCAAGAUCACUUUUUCUGGAAUAAAGUACUAUCUGGCGGCCAUCUCAAAUAUCAGUCAAUAUCAUUGUUUAAAUAUAAGCUUUAUGAAUGUUGGUUUGUUGAGAGCCUACACAUUCACGAAUCUGAACCUGAUACAUGGCGAGACCUAUUUCGGUAUUGUCAAGGCCAUCGACACAGCAGGACAUGAAAGCGCAGCGGUUUUUUCUCCAGAGCAAUUGGUCGAUUCGACUCCACCAGGUUUCACAUGUGCAUCCAUGCAUCAAUUACCAAUAGAUGUUUCUUAUAAAGUGACUGAUGGUGAUCUUUCCGUUUUCUUCAACUCCACGUUUGUCAAAGAUAGCCUCUAUCACAUUCGUGGAAGCAUUCGGGAUGCUAAGUAUGAUUUAUACCCCGUCUUAACAAUCAACCGGCACAGAGAACUAGCAUCAUUGCAAAGAGGUCACGAUGGAUUAUUUCAAUAUCAGUUCUCCUUCAUUUCGCCGAUAACUGGUAUGCAAUUUGUAGAAAUCGAGUUUGGGCCACAUGUUGUUGAGGCAAUGCUGCAGAACGUCUCGAUCGAAGAAUGUAAUAUGCUGCCUGCUAAUAAUACUAAUGCAGUGUCCAUAAAACAAAUUGGGCCUUAUUCGAUUGCAGUGAACCUGUUGAUAAUGGAUAAAGAAAGCGAAAUCAGGACGGUUUCUCUUGGAGUUGAAACCACCAAAGGAGGAUUUCAAAUACAACCACUAUUGGAACUUCACAAUCAGAAUAAUUUUGAAAUUAUUUUUGCACCAUUCACCCACGGAACGCCGAUAUAUGUUACUGCAAUCGCGGAAAACCACGC